GGGCGGGGCGGGGCGGAGCGGGGAGCUUUCGGGAGCCGAGCGGACCUGGAGCUACAGCCUCGCCGCACGCGGGCGGGACAGGGCGUGAGCCGACUUCCGUCUGCCCGCGCGGCGCCCACCCAGCUACCCUGCUCUGUUAUGGUUGACCAGCGCGCCCUGGUGCUCGCACCUUAACGCAGAGCUCUGCGUCCUCGCGAGGCCCCUGCCCCGGCCGGCCUGCGAGCUGGAGCCGCUGCAGGGCUGGGGCUGGCUCCGGAGCCCUAGGCCCACCGCCGUCCCCUGCCUUCUCUCCUGUCUGCAGGCCGCCCUGCCGCCGCCGCUGCCCUCGCCGCGGAGGGACGGGGAGCCGGCAUGGCGGGCAGCCCCCCGGCCGCCUGGCCCCAGGGCCUUCCGGAGGCUGCGGAGGGACACUCACCAGGAAAGGCGGUACUGAGCAGGUUGGGGUAUGGAUAGGUUGCGUUGACGGUUGUCAUUAGGGGUUCCCUGGCAAGCAGGGUACCUUGAGAUGGAGUCCAGGGGUCCCACAUGCCUGCUGGUGAGCCAUCUGCCUCCUCCGCCUUGAAUCCUGAUGUGCUGACCCCAUGGGCAGAACCAGUGUUGUUUCAGGGCCUCCUGACUUUUGAGGACGUGGCUGUGCACUUCACCCAGGAAGAAGGGGCGCGUCUGGACGCUGGGCAGAGGACCCUGUAUAGAGACGUGAUGCUGGAGACUUACAGGAACCUGGUCUCUCUAGAGGUUCCAGGAUCCAAACCAGAUCUGAUCUCCCAACUGGAGCAAGGAAGGGAGCCCUGGGGCUCAGACCUGCUGGGAACCCAGGAAGCAGAGACUGUGGGAGAUGCCGGUAUAGAUUCCACCCAGGGGUCUUUGUGUAAAUAUGUGACUGCAAGGGUGAAAAUGACUCCAGCUGCAGAGCCUCCAGGAGGAGCAUCUGGAAGCCUCUCCGGGGGUGAGCCUCCAAAACCGGUCUGCAAAGAAGCCCCUGGGCAGAAGGGCAGGCUAGGGAGUCUGGAGAACUUCCUUAUCCAGGAGAGACCAUCACAUGGAACCUUCUGGACCAUCUCCAAAGGAGAAGGGGCCCAGAAAGGCGGUAAAUUGGGACCCGACCUUUUCUGUAGCCGCGAGACAAACGCUAAAGGGCAGACAGCCCACACGUGCGAAACGUGCACCAAGACCUUCCGAUACCUCUCGCGCCUGGUGAGACACCGGGCCACGCACAGCGGCGAGAAGCCGCACGCGUGCGGGGAGUGCGGCCGUGCGUUCAGCCAGCGCUCGCACCUGGCACAGCACCGCAGCGCACACGCCGGCCAGAAGCCGCACACCUGCGGGCAGUGCGGCCGUGCCUUCACGCGGCUGUCCACGCUGCACCGCCACCAGCGCGUCCACAGCGGGGAGAAGCCUUUCGGGUGCCAGUGGUGCGGAAAGCCGUUCAGUUAUAGCACUCUCCUCGCCCAGCACCAGCGGAUCCACACACGAGAGAGGCCGUUCCGGUGCUCAAAGUGCGGGAAGAGCUUCAUCUGGAAGUCCAGCUUUCGGACUCAUCAGAAAUCGCACCUGUGCAGCCAGGUGGCGUGGAUCUCUGUAAGCUAAGUAGCCGCUGGCAGGGGGAGCGUAGGGCUGGCUGCUGCUGCAAGGAGGGCCCCAGAAGGAUGUCCUUAGCACAUGGCGCAGCGCAGAGUGAGACCAGCAUGAGGGACUGGACUGUUUCUCCAUCGGAGACCAACGUGCGCAUUUCACGUCUUUCCCACAACGAGGGGUAGCUCAGGCCUGCCUGCCCCAGCCAGCAGGACCUGCUAGCCUGCUGGAUUCAGUGUAGCUGUGAGACAUCUGUGGACAAAUUGAUACUUUGAAAGUUACUAUUUUCACGUGCAUCCAGAUUUUAUUUCUGAAAUUUAAAAUGUAGGUCUUUGGUUUAUUUGCAUCAUAGGUGGGUUCUAAAUGCCUUUGAAAUCCAGAUGGGCUACCAAACUUUUGUAUAAUCAAUCUUCCAUCACACAGCAGCUCUGAGCAUCAGGAGAAGAUCACGUAACUCUGGUCACCGUUUGGUCCUGGCUGGUUGUUUUCAGAUGCUAAUUAGUUGAGCAGGAUGUGAGUGUUCCAUCUUGGGCAGCUCAGCCCUUGCUGUUGGCCCUGUGGCUUUGCUUGCUCAGCUUCACCGUUCUGCAUGCCAACUCUGCUUGAGUCAGGCCAUAUGAAACAUUAAGAGUGUGCAUGUCAUUUGGACUGUUCUUUUUUCCAGCCAGUUCUUCCAUAGAGAAUAUAUUUGCAUAGUAUGGAUGUUUUCUAUACAAUAAUAACAUUAAAAAUUUAAAACACAUGGUGGAAAUAGAGAAAACAGAUAUAAAAGAAGCCAGUGGUCAUGAAACACAGGAUAUCUAUAGGAAGGUUAGUUGGCAAGCACUGCCCAAGCAUCAGGGGGUGGGCAGGGGGAGGCUGUGCCUUUGUGACCAUCCACUGAACUCUUGGCAUACCUUUCGCUGCUUAGAGGCUAAGUGUCACAUGUCUAGUGAAACUAAACGUGCUCAGCCAUUUUCCUGCAGGCAGAUUAAAUAACUUAAUUACAGAAGCAAUACGUGAUCAUUUGAGGAAAUAUACAGAUAUAUAAACAUAAAGUAAAAUAUGGGACUUCCUGACAGUCCAGUGGUUAAGACUCUAGGCUUCCACUGUAGGGAGUAUGGGUUUGAUCCCUGGUCAGGGAACUAAGAUCCCACAUUAUGUGCAGUGCAGCUAAAAUAAAAUAGAGCAAAAUAUAACCGGAAGUUUUAUUUUGACUCAAAGGAACCUGAUAAACUGACAAUGAAAAGGUGGGAUUUGGGUGUUGCCCACAGUGUUUCACCCAGACUAUCUAGAUUCAAAGCUGUAGCAGAAGAAAACCUUCCUGAACUAAAGGAGUGCCUGCUCUUGACACUGAAAGACUUGAUUGUGAGCAAAAGAAAAAACAGAGAACAUGAAGUUUCAUGAAAUGACUGGAUCACAAACACCCAGGAAAAAGAUGUAGAUCACCAACAGGAAAAAAUAAGCUUGCCCCAGGCUUUAAUUAACAAAGACUGCAGCUCUUUCCAUAUUUAUUUCCUUAAUGUGUCACCAUAUUUUAUUUAUUUAUUUUGACUGUGCCUUGGGGAGUGUAGAAUCUUAGUUCCCUGAGCCCCCAUAGUGGAAGUCCAGAGUCAACCACUGGGCUGUCAGGGAAGUCCUAGAGUCAAAUUUUAAAGCUUAUUUCCUUUCUUUUCCCUUUACCUCUUCAAAUUAAGUUCAUUAGAUGCAAAAAAUAUGAUGGAGUCUUGUCAGAGAUAAAGAAGACAUGGCUCAGAAACACUGGAUGAAACAGGAUGCAAUUAAUGAAAAGACACUGGAUGAUGUUCCUUUGGGGUAGAGGAGGGAGCAGCUUCAGAGCUAUGUAAUAAUUACGUAUGGAUGGGCGGAAGCUUUGAAACUGCUUUUUGAGAAAAUGUACUGAUGUGGAUAUUGGGUCGUCAAGGCGUGGAUUGUCUUGAACACAUCUUGUUUCAGCCCAUCCGGAAUCCAUCCUCCUUUCUUUUUGUAAAAGUACCUCUCCUUCGGUUUGCAGCACUUCCCAGGGUCCGUUGUAGGAAGUCACAGUGGUGCUAUCAGUCUGGGUGCCUUGUUUUUCUUUUUCUUGCCCAGUCACUCUGGCCAGAACUUCCAGUACAAUUUUGAGCAGAAGUGGCAAAAAUGAACAUUCUUGUUUAAUUUCUUACCUUAAGGGGAAAGCUUUUAUUCUUUCAUUCAUUGAGUAUGAUGUCGUUCAGUCGUUCAGUUGUGUCCAACUCUGUGACUCCAUGGACUGCAGCACAUCAGGCUUCCCUGUCCUUCACCAUCUUCCAGAGCUUGCUCAAACUCAUGUCCAUCAAGUCAGUGAUGCCAUCCAACCAUCUCAUCCUCUGUCAUCCCCUUCUCCUCCUGCCUUCAAUCUUUCCCAGCAUCAGGGUCUUUUCCAAUGAGUCAGUUCUUCGCAUCAGGUGGCCAAAGUAUUGGAGUUUCAGCAUCAGUCUUUCCAAUGAAUAUUCAGGACUGAUUUCCUUUGGGAUGUUAAAGGAGUGUGAUGUUAGCUGUAGGUUUUUCAUGAAUGCCCUUGAUUAAGUUGAGGAAGUUCUCUUCUGUUCCUGGUUUGUUGAGUGUUCUUAUCAUGAAAGGGUGUUAGACAUGAUCAAAUGCUCUAUCUGCCUCAGCUGAGAACUUUUUUGUUCUUUGUUCUAUGAAUGUGGUGUACUUGAUUCUUUUUUUUUUUAAUUGAACCAUCCCUUGCAUUGCAGAAAUAAAUCCCACUUAAUCAUGUGUAUAAUCCUUUUACUAUGCUGCUGGAUUCACUUUACAGUUGCUUUUAUUCCGGCUCUUUACUUCCCUUGGUGAAAACUCCAUUCACCAUACUUGCAGUGCCCUAGACAGAAACUCAAACUAUAUAUAUAACAAAUACAUAUAUGUAUAUAUAGAUAGGUAGAUAUAGAUGUAUUUCCAGGGACUGACUUACAUGAUUGUGGGGCUGGCAAGUCUGAAGUCUGUAGGACAGGCUGGCAGGCUAGAAGUCUCAGGCAGGAGCUAAUGCUCCAGUCUUGAAGUAGAAUGUCUUCUUCAGUGUAACUUCAGUUUUGCUCUAAGGCUUUGCAGCUGAAUGGAUGUGCUCGCUCAGUCGUGUCCGGCUCUGCGACCCUUUGGACUGUAGCCAACCAGGCUCCUCUGUCCAUGGGAUUUCCUAGGCAAGAGUACUGGAGUGGGCUGCCACUUCCUCCUCCAGGGGAUCUUCCUGACUCGGGAAUCAAAACUGUGCCUCCUAAAUUGGCAGGUGGAUUCUUUACCACUGUGCCACCUGGGAAUCCUCCUGAAUGAAUGAGACCCACAUUAUCAAGCAAAGUCUAGUUUUCUUAAAGUCACCUGAUCUAAGAUGCUACUGUCUAUGAAGUAUCUUCACUGGCAGCACCUAGGUUUGUGUGUGAAUCACUGGGUGCUACAGCCUCGCCAAGUUGACACAUAACCAGUUGUCACCAACCAUCACACCAGGCCUUGUACCUAACUUCUUCCCUUAGCUUGCCUAGCCAAUGAAGCAGGAAUCCUCUUAAUUCUUCCAACUUGAUGUUGCUUCAGUCAGUAAACUUCUGAGUCCUUAUUACUGCAGCAGUGGCCCCCAAGCGAUCUCCUGCUAUUAAUAAUCUCGUGAAAUGUGUUUGUCUUUUUAAUGUAUUUAUUAAAGUAUAUUUUAUAUACUGCC